UUGAUGGCUCUCGCAUUUGUUUCCCUUUAUUGAAAAUAUUUUCAAAAGGGAAACCUCCGUGAUAGCGGAUUAAAAACGUUGUUUUUUAACAAGACUGGGAAGAUGGCCCGCCCGAUGCUCUUUUUCAUAUUUCUUCUUUUUUCGUUUGGAGGCUGGUUCUUCACCUCAAUAGCUGCAAGCCAUGAUAGCUGUCGGCGUCUAAAGUUCUUACAACAGAAAGAUGGAUAUGGAUUGGUAGGCCACGUCAUUCAAAACAUUUCAUUACCAAUCGGAACGCAUAUUUAUAGUCACUGCAGAAAUUGGUGUACAAUGGAAGACAGGUGUAGAUCGAUCAACAUGGGACCCUCAGGAGAAAAAGAUAAAGUUUUAUGUCAGUUGAGUGACUCGGAUGACUUACAACACCCAAAUGAUCUGAAACCAAUGACAGGCUUUAUGUAUAGGGGUACCGAGAACAAGUGUUGUUUAAACAUGUGCUACAACAAUGCAACUUGCCUGGUUGUAUUUACGGAUGAGGGAUACAAGUGUGUUUGUCCACCUGGUUACACGGGAGACCACUGUGAAAAAGAUGUAAACGAGUGUACCACCAAUACCCACAAUUGUGAUGUCAAUGCUGAGUGCAACAAUACCGAAGGUUCUUUUAACUGCAGCUGCAAGAUUGGGUUCAAUGGCGAUGGCAAGAAAUGCACAGCAUUCAAGGCCGUUUUUACAAACCUCAAUGCCAGUGGAAGAUUUGGUCCAACAAGGCUGGGCAGUCACUACACAGGACAGGAUCAUGACGGACAAGUUACUGUGUCCAGCGGUAUUCAAAACUGGACUGUGCCGCACACUGGUGACUACAGAAUAGAAGCAAUGGGAGCAACAGGGGGGUACGAUUUACACGCUAACAGCACUCAGCACCAGGGAAGAGGAGCAAGAAUGAUUGCAACAUUCAGUUUAAAAAAGAGUGGGGUCCUUCGGAUACUUGUUGGUCAAGAAGGAGGAAUAAACAAAGUGUUUCCCAGUUCUGGAGGUGGUGGAGGUACUUUCGUGGUGAGAGGAGCCAGCACACCUUUGAUAAUAGCUGGAGGCGGAGGAGGGGUAAGUGCAGUUAAGUCAAGACAUGAAGGAUGUGACGCCAGCACAAACACAGCAGGGAAUCCAGGAUACAAAUCAUGGUCAGGGGGGAGCAAUGGACAUGGUGCACAGAAUGCUGAUGGUAGACCGUCAGGUGGUGGUGGUGGCGGGUUUUACUCCAGUGGAAGAAGUGGAACGAAUUUUAAUGGAACCAAAGGAUAUGGUGGAGAAGGUGGUAAGGGAUUUAUUCAGGGAGGGGUGGGUGGAAGAGCCAUGCAUAAUGAUGUCGAUGGUGGGUUUGGUGGAGGUGGUGGAGCUAAUGGAGAGGGAAGAGGAGGAGGAGGAGGAGGAGGAGGGUACUCUGGGGGAAGCAGCGGAAAGAAUGAUUUUGAUUCUUGUGGGGGUGGGGGAGGCUCAUACAACGGUGGAGACAACCAGGACAAUGAUUGUUGUUAUAACACCGCUGGUCAUGGUCAAGUAAUUAUUACGUUCCUGAAGUAAAAAAGUUUAUCUACAGUGGUGAUAAUAGCAUUACCAUUUAGCUUUUAUUGCUCAGCAUUCUAAUUGACUGAUGGUACUCAGUUAAAAUAGCAAAUAACGUUUAACUGUUUGAUUGUAACUUUCCGUGAAACACAAAUGUCCCCCAUCUUAUGUUUCAUUUGGUUUACUUGUGGCUAUCAUUUCUUUUAGUCAUUUAUUGACUGGGCUCGACGAUAUGGGAGGGAAGGUCGAAGGGAAGAUGGUGAAACGCGCCAACAGCCUAAUCGAUACUUUAUAUUAAUCCAUGGAUCUUUAAAUUGCAAAAUUACCUUUCAAAUUCUUUUUUGACUAGAGCUUUCAUGUUUGAUCAACAUCCAGCUAAUUUAGCUUUCCUAUUUCACUUCCACUUGAUAAUGAUGAUAACAUAAAAACUGAUCUAUUACUUAGUAUCUCCCAGGGGAUAUCACUGUCAGUAUCUGUCCUACUCAGCCAAAAAGGUUCUUAUUUGUAUCUGAUCAAAAUUUGAGCACUAUUUUUGUUUGUUUGUUUUUUUUUUU